CUUCAGCAGUCUUGGCUUUACAUGACGCAAGCCAACUAUACAUUUAGUGAUCGAAGUCGUCCCUGAGUGAACACUGUGUACAGAUGGGUACAGACAGCAGCCUCAGAGCACCCAUCUAAUAUGGAGACUACAAAGGCAGACAGCAGGCGCAAUCCUUUGGCCACUGCCAGCUUUUUUUCAAGGGUCUUUUUGUGUUGGUUAAACCCCCUGUUACAGCUUGGCCAACACAGGCUCGAGAAAGGUGACAUGUACAGUGUCCUUCCGGAGGAUCGGUCUGAAACCCUGGGAGAGGAGCUGCAGAGAUGUUGGAACGAGGAAGUAAAAAAGGCUUCAAAGGAACUAUGGAAGCCGCAGCUCUCCAGGGUUCUUAUAAAGUGCUAUGGAAAGUCCUAUGCAUUAGCCGGCCUAUUUGAAUUUUUUCUGGAGGCAAUCAAAGUGAUCCAGCCACUUCUUCUGGGAAAAAUAAUCCUUUUCUUUGAGAAUUAUCACCCAGAUGAUCAGAGGAGUCUUUGCAUGGCGUAUGUUUACGCUGCUGCGAUGUCCAUCUCCACGUUUGGACUGACUAUCCUCCAACAUCUCUACUACUAUCAUGUCCAAAGAACAGGCAUGAGGAUUAGAGUGGCUAUGUGUCACAUGAUCUACAGGAAGGCUCUUGGUCUCAGCACUGAAUCCAUCGGACGAACAACCACCGGUCAAAUAGUGAACCUACUUUCAAAUGAUGUUAAUCAUUUUGAUGAGAUUACACUCAGACUGCACUACUUGUGGGCGGGACCUCUGCAAGCAAUGGUGAUCAUCGUUUUCCUUUGGUAUGAGAUCGGCCCCUCGUGCCUGGCAGGUGUGGCAACAAUUGCAGUUAUGAUGCCGAUACAGACCUGGUUUGGAAAACUCUUCGGCAUCUUCAGGAGCAAAACAGCAGUCCUUACUGACAGCAGAAUCCGUAUCAUGAAUGAAGUGGUGUCUGGCAUAAGGAUAAUCAAGAUGUAUGUCUGGGAGAAAUGGUUCUCAGCCCUGGUGACUGAAGUUAGAAAGAAAGAAAUCAGUCGGAUAUUAAAGAGCUCCUACCUACGAGGACUCAACAUGGCUUCCUUCUUUGCCAGCAGCAAGCUCAUAAUCUUUGUUACCUUCACGGUCUACACUCUUUUGGGGAACACCAUGACUGCCAGCCAGGUGUUUGUCACCAUGUCCCUGUAUGGUACAAUUAAGGUCACCCUGACCCUGUUCUUUCCUCUGGCCAUUGAGAAGUUGUCAGAGACUGUAGUGAGCAUUCGCAGGAUUAAGAAUUUUCUCCUACUGGAAGAGAUUGAGAGAAAAAACAUUAUGUUGCCUUUGGCGGAAAAGGGGGGAAACUCUAUUGAGAUCGAGAAACUGACCUGCUACUGGGAUAAGAGUUUGGAUGCACCAUCUCUUCAGAAUGUUUCCAUCACAGCAAAGUCACAUCAACUUCUGACUGUAAUCGGACCAGUGGGGGCCGGAAAGUCAUCCCUGCUAAGUGCAAUCCUGGGAGAGCUUCCUCGUGAUACAGGCACACUGAAGGUCAAAGGUCAGCUAACCUACGCAUCCCAGCAACCGUGGGUGUUCCCUGGAACCAUUCGCAGCAACAUCCUUUUUGGGAGAGAACUUAACCCAAAGAAAUAUGAGCAGGUCCUUAGAGCCUGUGCUCUGAAGAAGGACCUGGAGAUGUUCCCAGAUGGAGACCUAACACUGAUUGGAGACAGAGGAGCCACACUCAGUGGUGGACAGAAAGCUCGUGUAAACCUGGCGAGGGCUGUGUAUGAGGAUGCAGACAUCUACCUCCUGGAUGACCCUUUAAGUGCUGUGGAUGCAGAAGUUGGAAAACAUCUUUUCGACAAGUGUAUCUGUGGCUUGCUGAAGAACAAGUGUCGUAUCCUGGUCACACAUCAGCUGCGACAUCUGAGGGAAGUUGACCAGAUCCUGGUCCUGAAGGAGGUUUGUACUCCUGCAAAAGAAAAUUGCUUGAAGGAAGCCUGCCUCCUGCUUCUUAACCAUGCCAUUGCAAUAAAUAAAGCAUUCCCAAAGCAGAAUCCUGCCUAG